CUUGAUACAAAAAAUGGAAAGAGGAUUUAUGACCUUGCUUUUAUUUAUAAGCUCAUGUGGGCAGUUUAUGCCUAAUAAGAUUGAACUACCAGGACUACCCCGCUCGCCCAUUCGCUUGCCUUUUCCCUUCCCUAACUCUCUUACAAAGCCAGGAAGAUGUCCUGAAUCUAACGGAGUAGCACAAUGUGAAUGUACCAGACGGGACGUUCUUUGUGUGGUAGACCGUAGUUGUCCAGGAAACCAAAAAUGUUGUUCGCUUGGAUGUGCCUGUAGACGUGAGUGUGUAACGCCAGUGGUGGAACAAAAGAAAGGAUGCAGGCACAAUGGUAAAUUUUACAACGUGGGUGAUACCUUUCUCGAUAUUGAUGGCUGCAGUAGAUGUACCUGUGGAAUUACUGGCAGUAUAGGGUGCUUAAGGAAAACAUGUGUUGAACCUCCAGCAAUAGAUAUUUGCUCUUUGCCAAAAGUGGUUGGUCGAUGCAAUGGAAGCUUUUCGCGAUGGUGGUACGACGAAGCUACUAACUUCUGCUUAAGUUUCACCUAUAGCGGAUGUCACGGAAAUAAAAAUAAUUUCAGAACAAGGCAGGACUGUUUAAAUAGCUGCAGAAAGAGAAUUCGUCCUCCACGCCGUGGUUAAAAAAAGUUUCAUCUCUGCCAGUCAGACUUUGUUUGUAUUCAUCCUUUGAUCUACAAUUUUUUUACGUAUUGAAUACACUUUACGACCAGUAACAAAUAAUUACCUUUACUGUUUAUUUCGAUGAUCCUUUAUUCUGCGUGAAUACCAA